AUGGCGAUCCGCGUGCGCAGCGGCGGGCACAGCUACGACGAUGUGUUCUGGGCCAUCCGAGGCGGCGGCGGCGGGAGCUGGGGCGUGGUGUACGCCUGGAAGCUCCGGCUUGUCCCGGUCCCCGACAACGUCACCGUGUUCAGCGUUGCGCGAACCGGGCCGGCGGAGCUCAUCGCCGGGCUGAUGCACAGGUGGCAGUACGUUGGGCCGAGCCUUCACGACGAGUUCUACCUCUCAACGCUCAUUCCGACGAGGUCAUCGGCGGACGGUAACAUCUCCAUGUCGUUCACCGCCCAGAUUCUUGGACCGAAGCAGCUAGCCAUGUCGGUGCUGAACCAGAGCUUCCCCGAGCUGGGCCUCGCCGAGUCGGAGCUAUCCGAGGUGAACUGGCUCGAGUCGGCGGUGAAGUUCGCCGGCGUCAGCUCAGUCGCGAGCCUCACGAACCGGCAGCCUGGCGUGGGGGAGUACGCGAAGAGGAAGUCCGACUACGUGCAGGAUCGUCCAGUACUUGUCGACGGGGCCAGAGGGAUCGUCCAUCCAGCUGGACCCCCCUACGGUGGGGCCAUGGCGCGGAUAGGAAGCACCGACACGCCCUUUCCUCGCAUCAUCCAGUAUGCAGUGACAUGGAACGCAUCGGAUAUGGAUCGUUCAGACGGUCACGUAGAAUGGCUUCGGUCGUUCUACGCUUUCAUGGCGUCCUACGUGUCAAAGAACCCACGAGCUGCAUAUGUGAACUACUUGGACCUUGACUUGGGCACCAAUGACUGGAUGAAUGCGACCGGCGGAACGUUCAAUAAUGGCUCUGUGGGACAUGCGGCGUCAUGGGGCGAACGUUAUUUUUUCAUGAAUUUUGACAGGUUGGUUCAGGCCAAGACUAAUUAA